AUGUCGGCAAGUGCAGGGACCCCAACAAGUGCACCAAAAGCCAUGUCUUCGAGGCUUUUGACGAUGAAAUUUAUGCAGCGAGCUGCUGCUUCAUCUCCAAAAAAUGCGUCGCCUUCUCCAUUAGAAGAGCCAUCACCAAAGCGACAAAGGACAGCACAAAAUACUCCUACAAAGCUCAAUGUCGACACUUUGGCCGAUAAUCGCGCGAUUCAAGCAGCAAUAGAAGAAGAGGAAGCUAAGAAACAAGUCGCAUUGGAUCGAGCAGCCACAGAAGCAGGAGAUACCCGAUGGGUUCUGAAAUUCGAGGGUAGGAAACAUCUUAAUACUCCAACGAAUUCGCUGCGUGUCGUUCAAGCUGGUUUCGCAAAUCUAGAUCUUCCUUCCUCGAAAAAGUUGGGGCAUACUGGUGAUGAAGACAAUGUUUUUGGAGAUGAGAAUCCACCCAUGAAACAACAAAAUCCAGAUAUAGAAUUUUCAUCUUCAUCAGAAGAGGAGAGCGAUAACGAAGAAUCCGCGGAUGAGGAUAGUGAGGAUGAUCCAACAGGCGCAAAGGAAUUGAUAAAAGCAUCGAGACAGGAAGCAAUAAAACGAUUGAAAGAGGAACGUAAAGCCAAGAAGAAGGCAGAAAAGGCCGAAUCGUUAGAGCUAUCGAAAAAGAGAAAGAAGAAACAUGUCUCGCUGAACGGCUUGACAUCUUUGUCUGGCACUGGGGGGGGAGGCCCUAAGAAGUCUGACAUAAAAUGUUAUACGUGUGGAGAAAAUCAUAUUGCAAAGGAUUGUCCAAAGUCGAAGAGGAAACAUCAAGGUGAUGGUGGUCCACCUAGAAAGUCUCAAAGAACGAGAUGA